GCCCCGGCUUCGAGGGAAGGAACGAGGGAGGACGGGCAAGGUGGAGGAGAGAGAGGAGCUAGGAGGAGGGAUAGGGAGGAGCGGCCGGGCCUGGGGCCUUGCAGCCGGGGAGCACCGGGGAUCUGGGCCGGAGCACCGAGAUGCCGCCUUUGCCUUUGCCGCCGCUGUUGCUGCUGCUGGCACCGCUUUUCCUCCGCCCCCCGGGCGCGAGUGGGGCGCAGACCCCCAACGCCACCUCUGAAGGUUGCCAGAUUAUACACCCUCCAUGGGAAGGGGGCAUCAGGUACCGAGGCCUGACUCGUGACCAGGUGAAGGCUAUCAACUUCCUGCCAGUGGACUAUGAGAUUGAGUAUGUGUGCAGGGGAGAGCGAGAGGUGGUUGGCCCUAAGGUCCGUAAGUGCCUUGCCAACGGCUCCUGGACUGACAUGGACAUACCCAGCCGCUGCGUCCGAAUCUGCUCCAAGUCUUAUCUGACCCUGGAAAAUGGGAAAGUUUUCCUGACGGGUGGGGACCGCCCAGCUCUGGAUGGAGCCCGGGUGGAUUUCCGGUGUGACCCCGACUUUCAUCUGGUGGGCAGCUCCCGGAGCAUCUGUAGUCAGGGCCAGUGGAGCACCCCCAAGCCCCACUGCCAGGUGAACCGAACGCCACACUCAGAACGGCGCGCAGUGUACAUCGGGGCGCUGUUUCCCAUGAGUGGGGGCUGGCCAGGGGGCCAGGCCUGCCAGCCGGCUGUGGAGAUGGCACUGGAGGACGUGAAUAGCCGCAGGGACAUCCUGCCGGAUUAUGAGCUUAAGCUCAUUCACCACGACAGCAAGUGUGAUCCAGGCCAAGCUACCAAGUAUCUUUAUGAGCUGCUCUACAAUGACCCUAUCAAGAUCAUACUCAUGCCUGGCUGCAGCUCUGUUUCUACUCUUGUGGCUGAGGCUGCCAGGAUGUGGAACCUCAUUGUGCUUUCCUAUGGCUCAAGCUCACCAGCCCUAUCAAACCGGCAGCGCUUUCCUACAUUCUUUCGAACUCAUCCAUCAGCUACACUCCACAAUCCCACCCGAGUGAAACUCUUUGAAAAGUGGGGCUGGAAGAAGAUCGCUACCAUUCAGCAGACUACUGAGGUCUUCACAUCGACCCUGGAUGACCUAGAGGAACGAGUAAAAGAGGCCGGAAUUGAGAUUACUUUCCGUCAGAGUUUCUUCUCUGAUCCAGCUGUGCCUGUCAAGAACCUGAAGCGCCAGGAUGCCCGAAUCAUCGUGGGACUUUUCUAUGAAACUGAAGCCCGCAAAGUCUUUUGUGAGGUAUACAAGGAACGUCUUUUUGGAAAGAAGUAUGUUUGGUUUCUCAUUGGGUGGUAUGCUGACAAUUGGUUCAAGACCUAUGACCCGUCUAUCAAUUGCACUGUGGAUGAGAUGACUGAGGCAGUUGAAGGCCACAUUACCACUGAGAUUGUCAUGCUGAACCCUGCCAACACACGCAGCAUUUCCAACAUGACAUCCCAGGAAUUUGUGGAGAAACUGACCAAACGAUUAAAAAGACAUCCUGAGGAGACAGGAGGUUUCCAAGAGGCACCACUGGCCUACGAUGCUAUCUGGGCCUUGGCAUUGGCCCUGAAUAAGACUUCUGGAGGAGGUGGCCGUUCAGGUGUGCGCCUGGAAGACUUCAAUUACAACAACCAGACUAUUACUGACCAAAUUUACCGGGCCAUGAACUCUUCAUCCUUUGAGGGUGUCUCUGGUCAUGUGGUAUUUGAUGCCAGUGGUUCUCGGAUGGCAUGGACACUUAUUGAACAGCUUCAGGGUGGUAGCUACAAGAAGAUUGGCUACUAUGAUAGCACUAAGGAUAUUCUUUCCUGGUCCAAAACUGAUAAGUGGAUUGGAGGGUCUCCCCCAGCUGAUCAGACCCUGGUCAUCAAGACAUUCCGCUUCCUGUCACAGAAACUUUUUAUCUCUGUCUCAGUUCUUUCCAGUCUGGGCAUUGUCCUAGCUGUUGUUUGUCUGUCUUUUAACAUCUACAACUCUCAUGUUCGUUAUAUCCAGAAUUCGCAACCCAACCUGAACAAUUUGACAGCUGUGGGCUGCUCGCUGGCACUAGCUGCUGUCUUCCCACUUGGAUUGGAUGGUUACCACAUCGGAAUAAACCAGUUUCCUUUUGUCUGCCAGGCCCGCCUCUGGCUCCUGGGUUUGGGUUUUAGUUUGGGCUAUGGCUCCAUGUUCACCAAGAUCUGGUGGGUCCAUACAGUCUUCACAAAGAAGGAAGAAAAGAAGGAGUGGAGGAAGACCCUGGAGCCCUGGAAGCUGUAUGCUACAGUGGGCCUUCUAGUGGGCAUGGAUAUCCUUACCCUCAUCAUAUGGCAGAUUGUGGAUCCUUUACACCGGACCAUUGAGACUUUUGCCAAGGAGGAACCAAAAGAAGAUAUUGAUGAGUCUAUUCUGCCACAGCUGGAGCAUUGCAGCUCUAAGAAGAUGAAUACAUGGCUUGGCAUUUUCUAUGGUUACAAGGGUCUGCUUCUGCUACUGGGUAUCUUUCUUGCAUAUGAGACCAAGAGUGUUUCCACUGAGAAAAUCAAUGAUCACCGUGCUGUUGGCAUGGCCAUCUACAAUGUAGCGGUCCUGUGCCUCAUCACUGCUCCCGUCACCAUGAUUCUAUCUAGUCAGCAGGAUGCAGCCUUUGCCUUUGCCUCUCUAGCCAUUGUUUUCUCCUCUUAUAUUACCCUGGUUGUGCUCUUCGUGCCCAAGAUGCGUAGAUUGAUCACUCGUGGAGAAUGGCAGUCUGAGGCACAGGACACAAUGAAGACAGGAUCAUCCACCAAUAAUAAUGAGGAAGAGAAGUCCCGGCUGUUGGAGAAGGAGAACCGUGAAUUGGAGAAGAUCAUUGCUGAGAAAGAGGAACGUGUCUCAGAACUGCGUCAUCAACUCCAGUCUCGGCAACAACUUCGUUCACGACGCCACCCUUCCACACCCCCUGACCCCUCUGGGGGUCUUUCUAGGGGGCCCCCUGAGCCCCCUGACCGGCUUAGCUGUGAUGGAAGUAGAGUUCACUUGCUUUACAAGUGAGGGGAAUGUGAGAGGACGACAGACCAAUAUGGGGGGUGGGAAGGAAAGGAAUAGAGUUGGGGGAAGGAAGAAUUCCUAUCCCCAGAUGGGAAGCACGUAUUACAUCUCUUGUAAAAUCUGUUCCC